UCCACAUCUAACCAUCUCUUUAAAACCCUCCUUCCUUAACUUCCACCAAAGAAAAAAAGAAAAAAAGAAAAAAAAGAAACGAAACAAAAGAUCACCUCCCUUGACAAGUGUUUCUGGCCUAUAAACACCCACAUUGGGUACCCUUAUUUUCCAAACCUCCACAAAGCCAAUAUGGCGAUGAUGAUAUCCUCUCUUUGGCAAUUCUGCUUUCUUUCACUUGCCCUUUCUUAUGGUGUUGUUGAGCUUCAAGCUUCCCACCAUGUCCAUGACAACCUUCAAACUACCCAACUAACUUCAACACAGCCCCAAGCUAAAGAGCCUUAUAGAACAGGCUAUCAUUUCCAGCCUCCCAAGAACUGGAUCAAUGAUCCAAAUGGGCCAUUGAUUUACAAGGGAAUUUACCAUCUUUUUUAUCAAUACAAUCCCAAAGGUGUAGUUUGGGGCAACAUUGUUUGGGCACAUUCGACAUCAACUGAUCUUGUCAACUGGAUCCCACAUGAAGCUGCUAUCUACCCAUCACAGCCGUUCGAUAUCAACGGCUGCUGGUCGGGAUCCGCCACAAUCCUCCCUGGAGGCAAGCCAGCCAUUUUAUACACCGGAAUCAACCGCCAACACCAACAAGUCCAAAACUUGGCAUUUCCUAAAAACCUCUCAGACCCAUUUCUUAGUGAAUGGAUCAAAAUCCCACAAAACCCUCUGAUAUCUCCAACCCUAGCCAACCAAAUCAAUGCUACUGCUUUUAGGGACCCCACCACAGCAUGGCUUGGUCCCGACAAGCAUUGGAGAUUAGUUAUUGGGAGUUUAAGGAACCAAGCGGGAGUGGCUUAUUUGUACAGGAGCAAAGAUUUUCUCUACUGGGUGAAGGCAAAACAUCCACUUCAUUCACAAAAGAAAGCUGGCAUGUGGGAGUGCCCCGAUUUCUUUCCGGUUCUAAAAGAUAGUUCUACUGGUGUUGGUGUUGACACAUCCACAUAUGGUCCUCAUGUCAAGCACGUCUUCAAGAUCAGCCUUAACGAUACUCGAAAAGAGUAUUAUGUAAUUGGUACAUAUAACCCGAGCAAGGAUAUCUAUAUCCCAGAUGAGGGAUCAGUUGAGAGUGAUUCUGGUUUGAGAUAUGAUUAUGGCAAGUUCUAUGCUUCAAAAACCUUCUUCGACAGUGCUAAGAACCGCAGGAUCUUGUGGGGAUGGAUUAAUGAAUCCUCAAAUCCCAAAAGUGACAUCAGGAAAGGAUGGUCUGGACUCCAGGCAAUUCCAAGGACCAUUGUGCUUGAUAAGUUUGGGAAACAGUUGGUGCAAUGGCCUGUAGUAGAGCUUGAAAAGCUUAGAACAACUGAGGUCAAGUUGCCAAGCAUUGUGCUUAAGGGAGAAUCACUUAGGGAAGUACUUGGUGUCACAGCAGCCCAAGCUGAUGUAGAAGUCGCAUUUGAGAUAAGUGACUUCAGGAAAGCAGAAGCGUUGGAUCCAAGCUGGAUUAAUCCACAAAUUUUAUGUAGCAAAAAGGGUGCCUCGGUGAAAGGUGGUCUUGGACCAUUUGGAUUGUUCGCUUUGGCUUCAAAGGACUUGAAAGAAAACACAGCAGUCUUCUAUAGAAUCUUCAAGUCUCACAACAAUUACAACAAAUAUGUGGUGCUUAUGUGCAGUGACCAAAGCAGGUCUUCCUUAAAUCAACAUAAUGAUAAGACUACUUAUGGGGCAUUUGUAAAUGUGGAUCCUCUUCAUGAGAAGCUGUCGCUAAGAAGCUUGAUUGAUCACUCUAUAGUGGAGAGCUUUGGUGGAGAAGGCAAGGCGUGCAUAACAGCUAGGGUUUAUCCUACAUUGGCUGUUGAUGGUGAUACCCACUUAUAUGCUUUCAACUAUGGAAGUGAGAGUGUCAAAAUCGCAGGAAGUGUGUGGAGCUUGAAAACCGCUAAAAUAAAUUGAGAAAGAUUAGAAAAGUAGUGGAGUGGAAGUGUGGAGGAAGUGCUGAUUGUUAUACGUGACUAAACUGCUUGUAGUGCCUCUUAAAUUAGAUGAUUGAUAUGAGAGCCGAAUGAACUUUUGCGGGCCAGUUUUAUGUGCUUGCCAUUUCUAUGAUCAAAGUCCAAUUAUAUGUGUAUAUCUGUGUCAUUUUAAUUGCUAACAAUAUGUAUCUCAUUUCUUGUUCAAUAGGAAAUUUAUUUUAUUUA